AGUCGCUUACCGCGCACCGACCGGCCUCCGCGCACCCUUACGCACGCACGCCCACCUGAAGGUGAUAAGGUGAUUGUUCGUUUAUGUGACAGAACGAUGGUGAAUUACACAUAAAUUCUUUAUCCAGUGCAACAGUAUAAUACUCUGUGUAGUCGAUUAUUUUUGGAAGCGCACAAGAUGCGGGCUGUGUGGUGGAGUGUGGCGGCGCUGGCGCUGCUAGCUGUCACCAGCGCUCUGAGGACCACGCAGGUGGAGGGAGCACCAAAAAGCAGUAGAAGGCUACCAGCGCCGAUUACGUCUGACAGUCCUACAGAAACGAGUGAGCCUCCUGAUGGAAAGUACACUAUCAAGCCGAGAACAAGUAGGAGGCGAGAAGAUGUUCCUUUACGAGAGGUGCGAACGAGAACGAGGAGUAAGUUAACGGAUAGACCAAAUGCUUCCUCUGAAGCACCAAAGGCUAUAGGACGCAACGAACGAUACGAUUCAAGAAGAACUCAAAGUAGGUCACGUAGUAGAAAUGUCAACAUCGAAAAAAACGCAACGGUGACGAACACAGAGAGAAACAUCAGAAAUCGAAAUCGGCAAAAUGUCCAAAUUACUACGACCACUUCACUUCCUGAAGUUUCUUCCCCAAUUAUUGAUGAAACUAAGAUUGAAGUCAUAAAUUCUAAUCUUCAAGAUCUAGAAAAAGUAUCACCAAGUGACGAUGUGAUACAGUCAAUUAGUAGAAACAAUCAGUUCAAAAGAAGAAGUUCUACUAGCUCUACUAUUCAAACAUCUGACAAAUUGGUGCCACAAAGAGUACGUGGUCGAAUUAAUACUCGACCUAUUGCUAGAUCACUUGACCUAGAUGGGACCACUAAUGCUAUAAUUGAUCCAGAAAAAGAGAUAACAACAGCUAGAUCAGUUGAUCUGAGAAAUUCCCGAAAAUUGAGAUAUAAAACUCGUCUAUCAGAAACAGAUUCAAAUUUAACUGGCGAGGGUCUUAAAGCUCAAAACAAUGUCAUAAAAUCUAGUCAGAAUGAGGACAAUGUUGCUAGUCAACCUGAAAUGCAAGUUUCUGCUGCAGGAGUAGUAGAAAAUAGUAUAUCGCAACAAAGUACCGAAAGUUUACCAGAAAAAACAGUCAUAAAAAUCAAAAAGGGUAUACGGCGACCAAUAUCAUCUCGAGGUAAAAUAAAUUUCAAACCUUCUCUCGAGUCAGCUAAAAAACCAAGUGAUGAAAUCAGCGACGAUGAUAACUACCCAGAGAGUUUUAAGGCCUUAAUUCAAGCAAAAAAUGCAUCGACACAGACGAGCUCUCCUAGAGGUGAGAGUUUGUCAGUGAAAGCAUCACAAAAAGUUUACAAAACUUACACAGCAUCUUCACAGUCAACUAACACUGGACCGGGCUUAAAUAAAUAUACAAGGGUAAUGUUACACUUCUCAGAAUGAGACUUAUAUUUUCUCUUUUGUAUUUUACUACUAAUAUUUUUUUUUCAUCUUCCAAGUUUCUCCGUCUUAUUUUGCUAUUAAUUCGUUUUCCAUUUUUUAUGAACUGUUGUUAUAAUCUCUGUAAAUAUCGUUACAGUAAAUAUCACUCAUUUAUGACUAAUAAAACUAACUUUUUCAGAUUGAAUGACCUUGUUGAUAUAAGAUAUAGUAAACACUUAGUGUACAUUUAAUAUAUUUAGUCACAUAAAUAAAUACUUUUAUCGAGACAACACAUUAUGAUACAUUUUUGGUUCGUGGUCAUAGAUUUUUUAAAUAUGUAUGAAGAAUAAUGUUGUAUUAUAGACAGAAGAUCAUAUUGAAUUAAAUUUUAUUUCAGUUACGAAGUAAACUAAAUGCUGAGAAGACUGAGAGCAAAGAAGAGCCUACUAAAUCAUUAUCAAACGAUACGCAACAGUUAAAAUCAUCAGAUUUAAGGCCUCGAGGAUCUUUUACUACUAGAAGCAGAAAGCUAUCUUCGUUUUCUCCAUCAUCCACUUCUAGUCAAACUACAGAAAAAUCACAAUAUAAGUUUAGUAGAAAAUUUAAGGUAACGACCACGGAAUCACCAAAACUUCGUAAUUCAACCAUGUCAAAAAGGACUGAAACUAAUGCUUUAUUAAAAAAAUCAGCCAGAUCUUCAUAUUAUCCGAGAAAAAGUUUUCAGAAGAAAAAUUCUACUACUGAAAAAUCUGUUAAUGCAAUUGACCAAAUAAAUAAUACCAGUAACGUCACCGCAGAUUCAUUUGUAGCGAAAAGCGUUUUGCCAAGAACUUCUUACUAUUC